AGCGUUUAAAUUGAACGCAACCAUAUGGUGACUUGUACGCUCUUGCAUCUUAUUAUAAAAGCUUCACGUACGUUAUAAAAAAAGCCAGUAUUCAGUUAAUCCUUACAAUCGAUAAUUCGGCGGAUUUUUUCGAUUUGUGUUUGAUGACAGAUGCCACUUCAUAAAACGCAGAACAUUAUAAUCUAACUUCCGAAGAAGACGAAUUAGUUUUUAUCACAAAUAUACAUCACUAACAAUAUGGUCUUGUAUCAUAUUUUUGAUAAUUAUCUACUAAUUGUUAUUAUUAGUUUAAACACAAUUUUGAUCGCAGCUUUGACUUCUGAGGUGAAAUUAGUUAACGUGAUAUUCAGACAUGGCGAUCGAACACCUGAUUCAACCUACGAAAUGUUUCCAAAUGAUCCAUAUUUAAAUUAUACCUUCUAUCCGACAGGCUUUGGGCAAUUGACUAAAGAAGGCAAGAAACGCGAAUAUAGUUUGGGAAAAUUUUUGCGCUUUAGAUAUAAUGACUUUCUUGGCAGUUUGUACACGCCAAAACGUGUCGUCUGUCAUAGCUCGGAUGUUGACAGAGCUAAAAUGUCUUCACAACUUGUUCUUGCUGGUUUGUUCCCACCAAAAAAUAUACAACGUUGGAAUCCUUUUUUAAAUUGGCAACCAAUCCCGAUAUCGUACUUACCAGCCAACAACGAUAAUAUUAUUUUAACCAUCAAUUGUCCCCAGUAAGUAUAACGAAAAGCAGAUA